AUGGUCGAAGGGGACAAGAAAGGUACGUUAUUCAAAGUUUAGUACUGGAUUUUGACUUUAUUACCUAUAAGUACGAUAAAUUGACUUUAUUACCUACAAGUACCGAAAAUAAAUUUUAAGUACCAAAUUUCAAAUCCCAGUACUAAAUAUCCAUCUUUUUCAGAAGCCACGGUAUGCGGUGAGAACUCGACCUAUGUGAAGCUAAUUUCCAGCGAUGGACACGAAUUCAUCGUACGACGGGAUUUGGUAACGACCAGUGGUACCAUUAAGGCCAUGCUGUCUGGUCCGGGACAAUUUACGGAAAACGAGAGUAAUGAGGUCAACUUUAGGGAAAUACCGUGAGUUUUCGUACCUUUUUGCAAUUUUAACAGUUAAAAUUGAAAUUUAAAAAAAAUUUUUUUUAAUUUUUGAAAUUUUGAAGGAUUAAAAUGCCAAUGCCUUCAGAUCACACGUAAUCCGCAAAGUGUGCCAUUACUUCGCGUACAAAGUCCGCUACACGAACAGUGCCACCGAGAUCCCCGAGUUCACCAUCACACCCGAAGUGGCACUCGAACUGUUGAUGGCCGCCAACUUCCUCGACUGCUAA